AUGAAUAUAUUUAUAUUGAUUGCAUUUAUACUAAUUAAUGCAGAACUACUAAAAAUACAUGAAGAAGUAAAAGAGAGCUUUGAAGGGAAUAAUGGUAUAAUCAAAAUAAAAAUUUAGGAUGGACAAUUAAAAAUGGUAAAGUACAAAAAGAAUUUUGUAAUUCUAAAAUAGUUUUUGGAGGAUUUGAGGGUUAAACAAUUAUGAGCAAAUUAUUAAUUGUUCCGAAACAUUCAUAUAUUAAAUUAAGUUUGGAUAUUGUAAGGUAGUAUGCAUUGGUUAUGAGAAAGUUAACAUUAAAGAGGAUUAGUAAAUAUAUAUUUGGAUCACAUUGAAAUACAAUCUGUAUAUGUAUAGUAAAAAUGUAGUGAAAAUGACUAUUAUGUAAGUACAAUUACUUCUGAAUUUAAUCAUACUGGAGCAUCUAUUAUAUUAGUAAUAAAUGGGUAUGCAGAGGAAUAAGAUUAUAAAGUAUUGAUAAAACUUAGAAUUAGUGGGGAUUUAAAAAUUUGGAAAUUUCAAUUUAACAUUGUCCAUAAUCAUGUUAAGUUUGUGAUUAGGGAGAUAUUGUUGAAUAAUGUUAAAUUUGGAAAAGUUUUUAAAAUAGUUGGACAGCUACACAUAAAAAUUUAAUGGGUUAAGAUGGUUGGGUAUCAAUAAAUGGAAUAAGUGGAUCCUCAAAAUGUGGAGGUAUAUAAUUAUAAUAUAAUUAUAGGAGUACCAUUAAUAGGAGGAUAUUAAAAGUUUGGAUAAAAUUAGGGGUUGAGCAAGAUAAUUAAAUUAUAACCACAUUAUAAAUUAAGAUUAUUGGUUUUAUGGGCUAAGAUUGACUCUUGGGAUAAUGAAUAUGGAUUAAUACUAUUUGAUGGAAUUUAAGUUUGGAAUCAAAGUUUUAAUCUUGAUAAUGGAUAUUAGAUUAAGGUAUGUGGUAAUUCAGAACCUAAAUAUCAUACACUUUUUAGAAGAGUAGAUAUAACAGUAGAUCAUACAGGUGAUUAAGUUAAGAUAGACUUUUUAUCUACUUUAGAUUAAGGUUCAGAUGAUGAAUCUUUUGGUUUAAGAGAUCUGUAAAUAUUCUAUGCUUCCUGUCCUGAUUAAUGUGAUAUGUGUAGAGGACCAUCAAGUAAUGAUUGCAUAAGUAUUUAUAUUUAUAUUUAUUUAGGAUGUUCUAAUAAUCUAUUUUAGAGUAUGUAGGGAUGCAAUCCUUUACCAUAUUUUUAUUUGUUACAAAGCAACUUUCAUUAUGAUAAGUUUACAAGUUCUGAAGGAUGGAUUCUAAAGUAGAGUUAAUAGAGCACUAUUAUCACUGAUUGUUAAGAUAAGACAAUUUUUGGAGGUUAUGGAGUAUUGGGAGUAGGAGGGAUAGCUGAAAAAUAAUUCUUUAUACCUCAUCAUAGUUAAUUAAGAUUAUAAAUUACUUUAUACAAAAUAGAUUCAUGGGAUGGAGAAAUUAUAAUUAUUGAAAUUGAUGAUGAAAUGAUUUGGGAUUCAUCUUAAUAUUAAUAUAAUGAAGGUAAUUUAUGUGGAACUGAUUAUCCUGAUAAAUUAAUUUAUUUAGAUUUAAUUAUUAGACAUGAGAAAUAAAAUACUCUUUUAAGGAUAAGAUCAAAUUUAGAUGAAAAUUCUGAUAAUGGUAUAAUAUUGUUAUAUAAUUAGAAUCAUGGGGAUUUAGAGACUUUAGUUUGAUGUAUGAUGUUUCUAAUAUAGUUGAAAUAGAAGAUGCCUUUGAAUAUUUACUAUCUUUAGGAAUACUAAUAAUUAUUAGUUUUAUUUGA